UCUUCCUCUACAGAACAUCGACCCGAAUCCUCGGGAGCCUCUCUUGUCUUUCGUCUCUGUCUCUGUGUAAGAGUUUUCUGUUCCCAGAUUCUAAUUUUUUGGCCCUUUUUCAAUCAGCGUCAGACAAAAAAUACCCGUCCGGCAUUUGCGUAUCGGAUGAUCUGAACGCGUGUCCGUUGUCUUUUCUAUGUUUAGAGCUCCUGUUUCGGUCUCGCUGGAUCCGGGGGUCGUAGCCAUGGAUAGUGAUUCGGUUCCUUCCAGAAAGAGCCUCAAUCGGACGGAGCCCACGAGAUCAAAUCAAUGGGGGUGGGAUUCUCAUAUGGGUUCCAGAAAUUCCAGGUGGCUCGAGAGCAACCUCGAAGAGCUGGACUCGAGCGUGAAACGGAUGCUGAAUCUGAUCGAGGAGGAGGAUGCAGAUUCCCUUUCCAAGAAGGUCGAGAUGUAUUACCAGAAGAGGCCUCAGCUGAUAAGCCUCGUCGAGGAGUUUCAUCGAAUGUACCGCUCCCUCUCGGACAACAUUUUCACCGGAGAGUUGAGAAGACCCUCUACUUCGGACCUACAGUCCCAGGGUUCCAAUCUUUCUGACAUCUCUUCUGACCUGUGGACCUCUAACGGACAAAGGAUUGGCCGUCGCCGUGCUGCUGGCUUUGACUUCUUCCUCGGCUCUGACGUUUAUCCACACAAGGAAGGAGAUGAUUCGGCUUCUAUUACUGAUUAUGAACUCGAAUCCGAUGAUUCGUCGGUGACCAACUACCCGGCUUCGAACAGGAGGGCCAUGGAUCUGGAGAUCGAGCCCAAAGAGAAACUCAAGAUGCAACAACACCAAGGAAAUGCUGAGAGCUUGUCGCUGCCAUGGAUGAAAAGUCAGGAUCUUUCCGCCAAACUUGCCGCUUACGAGCAAGAGCUGAGAGAUGCAAACGAGAGGAUACAGAAUUCUGAAGAGGAAAUCGAUAGGUUGCAGAAUCAGCUGACCAGAUUCAUGACACCGGAGAUCGGUAACGACCCUCCUAGUGAAGAUGGGGUUCCUUCUCAAAACACGGGUGAAACUUUGGCUCAAGAGCUGAGAGUUGCGAGGGUGAGGCUCCAGAAUGCAGAGAAGGAAAACGCCGAUUUGAGAAAAGAAGUUGAGAAAAACAAGUCUGCAGAUCAGAAACUCAAGGGCUUGCAAAACCAGCUCGAGUCAGCUCAGAAAGAAGCUGCGGUGUGGAGAAACAAGUCGAGUGCAGACAAAAGGGAAGUGGUGAAGCUGCAGGACAGAAUCUUGAUGUUAAAAUCGAGUUUGGCGAGAAGAGACCACGAGAUCAGGGAUUUAAAGACGGCAGUGUCUGAUGCAGAGGAGAAGAUAUUUCCAGAAAAGGCGCAGAUAAAGGCUGAAAUAUCCAAACUGUUGGAGGAGAGAGACCACCACAAUGAGCAGAUAAAAGAGCUAGAAUCCCGUGUUCGCUAUCUCGAAGAUGAAAUAAGAAGGAUGAGCGCCGAGAUGAGGGAAGCCGAGGAGAGGCUGAUCGGUGAGAUCCAGGAGUUGAACGCGGAAAUAGAAGCGAAACAAGGCUGCAUAGAGAGUCUGGUCAGCGAGGGAGAGAAACUCGGGCAAGAGAUGGGUCGGCUUGAGAGAGAAGUAAGGUGGAGAGACGGUAAAAUCGAUGAGACAGAGAAGAAGGUGGAGGAGCAGAGGAAGCAGAUAGAAGAGAGAGCGGAGGAGAAGAGGGAAGCGAUAAGGCAGCUGUGCCACUCGCUGGACCUUUACAGAGACGACUACAUCAGCCUUCUCAGAGCAUUUGCCGGUCAUCACCAUCAUCAUCAACCCAAGACACUGCCUGUCUGAUCAUUUACAUGGCGGCCUGGUUUUGCUGUUUCCGUUGUCGAAAAGAGUGUGUGCCCAAAAUCUGAGGAUGUCACUUUGCUUAGAAUUCAAAUUCGGGAUGCUCUAAAUGAAUUGGUAGAUCGUGCGCCAACUGUUUAUGAGCCAAGAGACACCCAAAUCUCAUCAUGUAAUGACGGUUGGUUCUUGUGGUUGAGUUUUCCGAAUACCCAUUUUGUCAACCAGCUCAUUCAAUGGAGGACAUCUCGCCA